UAGGCACAAUAAAAAAAAUAAACCUGAGCUGCACACUGAAAUUUUGCAGGUGAAGGACAGAGCUCCACUUUCUUCAAAAUUUGCUUUUACAGACACCAGCACUGUUGUUUCAUAUUGUCCCCCCCCCAAAAAAAAAUUGAUACUUAUGUCCACUUUUCACAAAGAUGCAGCUGUGUCAUCAAGAAGUGACAAAAAGCCCACAAUUAUCCUGGAUUACAAUAAAAACAAAGGAGGAGUGGACAACCUGGACAAGCUGAGUGCUACCUAUACUUGUCAGCGAAUGACCAGGAUAUGGCCGAUGGCUGUGUUUUAUAACAUCCUAGAUGUGUCUGCAUACAAUGCAUUUGUGUUAUGGACCCACAUCCACCCAGGUUGGAACACACAAAAAAAUAACAAGCGGAGAAUAUUUCUCGAGGAGCUAGGAAGUUCCCUUGUCAAGGCACACAUUGAGCAAAGGAAACGGGUGUCUCGAGAUCCAAUCAGUGCAGCCAUGAUCAGACAGAUGCAGAGUUCAUCAAGCACUCCAUCCACACCAUCAACAACACAAAGAGAAUCAGAGCCAGCAUCCUCAUCAUCAUCUAGCCUUGCCUCAACAUCAACCAGCACAGCCACAACUCCAGUGAUGCCAUAUGAUUCUAAAAGAAAGAGGUGUCAGGUCUGCCCCAGCAAUAAGGACAGAAAGACACACACAUUAUGCUUCCAUCUGCAAAGAACAUGCUAAAAGUGUCAGCUUUUGCCACACAUGCAUCUAAAAGCACCCACACAAACACAUGCAAGUUCUUGCACAAAGAUGCAAGAAAGUAGUACUUGAUUUCUAUUGGUUUGCCUUGCUUGAUUGUGUGUUGUUUGUUUGACCUUGCAAGUCUACAUUUUGUAUUAUACCUUGC